UUUGCCAGCUGCUGAUCGUACGAGACUGGUGUCUGAAUCCGUUGGGAAACGUGAUGCUGUGCUACUGAAAUUUGCGAUUGAGAAGAAACAUAUUUUUGAACAUUAUCAAAAUGUUCAGGCAGUUGUUCGUUGUGAUCUCAUUGUUCUACUUUGUGUACUCCGCCCCGCAAGGAGGCGACAAAUAUGAAGCUUACCAGUAUCAGUACGAGGUGAAAGAUCCUGAGAAGCAGUUAUUCUUUGAUAAGAAUGAAGCUGGAGACGCAUCUGGCAAGGUGUCCGGCCAAUAUUCGGUUUGGCUCCCGGAUGGCCGCCUAAUGACCGUGAAGUAUAGCGUCGACAAAGAAAGUGGCUACGUUUCCGAUGUGGAUUUCAAGGAAAACGCCAACCCACUUUCCGGCAAAUGAACCUGAAAUCAUUGUCAUCAUCAUCACUGGAACGACUUUUCAUCGGAUCAUCGCCACGAGGGGAGGAGAUAGGUGAUUCUUAAUUUCUAGAAUUACUCAAAGAGGGCACUGAGCGGUUUAAUACUCAUUCUGCACAAUUCCUACAAGCACACUGACACACGUACACACAAACACGAUUCCAACACACACACAAUCAUAUGAGAGAUAGUUAUUAGUGAGAGUGGAAGAGAGUGACUAUACGAACGCAAUCAAUCGGACGGCAUUUCUGUACAGUUUUAAGUUCUGUUUUCUCUAGGUCAAGCACUUAUCAUAGCUAGGGUUGAAGUAAAAUCCCAUUCGGGAAGUACAUACAUA